AGUUUUCGAUUUCGUCUCUCACCACCGUCCUCCUCACUCUUCUAUAUAUACACAGCGACUGCGUUUGACUUUUCCAUUCCAUCGAGUCCUCCUCUCUCUCUCUCUCUCUCUCUCUAUCUUAUACAGAUCGACGGUGUACGGACGCGGCGGAGAGAUGGCGGAUCUCGCGGCGGAGAAGGGGAAAAACACUAGGGAGGCGAGAAACAGCCUCUUCUCUCCGUUUAAGAUGGGAAGAUUCGAUCUCGCUCACAGAGUGGUGCUGGCGCCGAUGACGCGGUGCAGGGCGCUGGAGGGCGUUCCAAACGCGGCGUUGGCGGAGUAUUACUCUCAACGCUCCACUCCCGGCGGUUUCCUCAUCUCCGAAGGCACCAUGGUCGCUCCCGGCUCCGCAGGAUUCCCGCAUGUUCCUGGAAUCUACAACGAUGAACAAGUCGAAGCAUGGAAGAAGGUUGUAAACGCAGUUCAUGCCAAAGGCGGCUUCAUCUUCUGUCAGUUAUGGCACGUUGGUCGUGCCUCUCACCCAGUGUAUCAACCGGGAGGAGGUGCACCUGUAUCAUCGAUUGAGAAGCCGAUUUCAUCAAGGUGGAGGAUCCUUCUACCGGAUGGAACAUACGGGAAAUACCCGAAGCCUCGAGCUCUGGAAGCUUCUGAGAUCCAGCAGGUCGUGGAGAAUUACCGGACGGCGGCCAUCAACGCUAUCAGAGCAGGUUUUGAUGGGAUUGAGAUCCAUGGGGCUCAUGGUUAUCUCAUUGAUCAGUUCCUCAAGGACGGUAUCAAUGACCGAACUGAUCAAUACGGUGGCUCCAUUGCCAACCGUUGCAGAUUCUUGCUGCAGGUAGUGCAGGCAGUGGUUUCGGCCAUUGGAGCUGGUCGGGUCGCUGUGAGAAUCUCUCCAGCUAUAGACCAUCUCGAUGCAACUGAUUCCGACCCUUUAGCCCUCGGGUUAGGCGUAGUGGAUCGGCUUAAUAACCUUCAAGAAAUCAACGGCUCGAAGCUAGCUUACCUGCAUGUAACUCAGCCUCGGUACCAUGCCUAUGGGCAAACUGAGCCGGGAAGGCAAGGGAGCGAAGAGGAAGAAGCCGAGCUGGUGAGGAGGUUGAGAAAUUUGUACAACGGUACCUUCAUGGCAAGUGGAGGGUUCACGCGAAAACUCGGUAUGGAAGCAAUCCAACAAGGGGAUGCGGAUUUAGUAUCGUUCGGGAGGCUGUUUAUUGCGAACCCAGAUUUGGUUUUGCGGUUUAGGGUUGAUGCUAAGCUGAAUAGGUAUGAUCGGAAAACGUUUUACACUCGGGAUCCGGUCGUUGGGUAUACAGAUUAUCCUUUCUUGGGGGAGGGGACAGUGAACAAUGAUAAGCCUUUGUCUCGGCUCUGAGUCUUGAAACUCUUUUAUUGGAUAUCGAAUCUUCAAAAUAUAUAUUAAUGAGUUGAAUUAUAUUUU